CGCCUUCUUCCUUUUAUCUGCAUCAGAAACCAACUCGACCCCCUCUACACACCCAUCUUACCCCAAUCAGUCCCAUACACAACCCACACUCACCAUGUCUUCCACACUCCCCCCACUCGCAACCCUGACGUCAGAGCCGCAAGACCGCCAAUUUCAAGUGCUGGACACGCUCUUCGAGCCGUCGCCCGAACUGCACACUCUCAUGGCGCCCAUCCUCGCCCACCAAACCUUCGACAGCUACGCGAGACUGAUCGACGCCGUCGGCGGCCGCAUGUCGGCGCUGUCCGCAGCCGACUCCUCCAAGGACCGCGAGAUCCUCUACGGGAUCCUGGGCUCGCAUCCCCGGCUGGGACGGCCUAAGGCCGGCCCGACGGAGCAUCUGAGCGAGCUCAGCAAGAAGGAGCAGGCGCAGCUGAACACGGGGGCGGAGGAGCAGGCGGAGCGAUUGCGGGUUCUGAACGCGGAGUACGAGGAGAAGUUCCCGGGGUUGCGGUUUGUGACCUUUGUUAAUGGGAGGGAUCGGGAUGUGAUUAUGCAGGAGAUGCGGGAGAGGAUUGAUAGGGGCGAUGCGGAGCUGGAGGUUGAGGAGACCAUUCAGGCCAUGUGUGACAUUGCGAAAGAUCGCGCGCGGAAGUUGGAGUAGGCUUAUCUUAUUUUUGUUCAAUUUUGAUGGAAUGCAACUUGCAGUAUCCGCUACCGAUCAAUCUCUCAAUUUGAGAUACCUAAGUCCAUUACCAGUGCACUAGGAUAAUGCGACGUCGUGACUGU